AUGGCUGUCACGGAGUUCACCUUCUACUACUACGACCCCUCCCUCGCAGCAGGGGCUAUCUUCGCCGCCCUUUUCGGCCUCACCACUUUUCUCCAUCUAUACCAGCUCCUCCGAACAAGAACAUGGUUCAUGAUCCCGUUUGCCAUCGGUGGCGUCUUGGAAACAAUCGGCUACAUUGGCCGCGUUCUCUCCUCCACCGAAUCCCCCAACUGGACAACCGGCCCCUACGUGAUGCAAAGCGCCCUGAUCCUCAUCGCCCCGGCCCUCCUCGCCGCAAGCAUCUACAUGAUCCUCGGCCGGAUCAUCGCCAUGCUCCACGCCGAAGAGUGCUCCAUCAUCCGGCUACGCUUCCUCACGAAAGUCUUUGUCGCCGGCGACGUCCUCUCCUUCCUCAUGCAGGCUUCCGGGGCCGGGAUCAUGGUCAAGUCGGAUAGUGACCCCAAGAUGGGCGAGAACAUUAUUGUCGGCGGGCUGUUUGUGCAGAUUAUCUUCUUCACCUUGUUCAUCAUUACAGCUGGCGUUUUCGAGCUGCGCAUGGCGCGGAGACGGCUCACGGUCGACCCGCAGCUCCAGAGUAUCUGGCGCAGACAUAUGGUCGCGCUGUGCUUUACGAGCGUGCUUAUCCUUGUUCGCUCGGUGAUUCGUGUUGUCGAGUACCUGAUGGGAUAUGAUUCGUACCUUAUGCGCCAGGAGGUCUUUAUCUAUGUCUUCGAUGCCAUGUUGAUGUUUAUUGUCCUCCUGGCGCUGAGCUGGAUGCAUCCGAGCGAGGUUAAUUGUGCGCUGGGACGGGGCGAGAGGUACUUUGAGAAGAUGGUGAAGCUGCGCAAGUUUGUGUCUGCGGGGCAGCCGGAGAUGCAGGCGAGGGGUCAGGUUUGA